AUGUUGCAAAUUCUUUUUUUCUUGCUGAUUUCAUUGAGGACCAAAGCUCUUUUGGUUGAUAAGACGUAUCUCCCCAAUGCUGUUGCAAAAGGAGCUGUUUGUUUAGAUGGAACUCCACCAGUUUACCAUUUUGAUAGAGGAUCUGGCACGGGAAUUAAUAGUUGGUUGGUUCAUAUUGAGGGAGGAGGGUGGUGCCAUAAUAUAACAACUUGCCUAGCCCAUAAGAACCUAAAAAAAGGCUCCUCCAAGAACAUGGCUAAACAUCUUAAUUUCUCUGGGAUUUUGAGCAAUGAGCCACAGUUUAACCCAGAUUUCCAUAAUUGGAAUAAAAUCAAGAUUAGAUAUUGUGAUGGUGCAUCAUUUACUGGGGAUGUAGAAGCAGUGGAUCCUGCUACCAAACUUUACUUCAGGGGGGCAAGGAUUUUUCUUGCUAUGAUGGAGGAGCUGCUAGAGAAAGGAAUGAAGAAUGCUGAAAAUGCUGUUCUGAGUGGAUGUUCAGCUGGUGGGUUGACAUCUAUUUUGCAUUGUGAUAAAUUUAGAGCUCUCAUUCCCGAGGGUGCCAAAGUCAAGUGCAUUUCAGAUGCUGGUUAUUUUAUAAAUGUGAAAGAUGUUUUUGGAGCAUCAUCUAUCGAGGAUUACUACAACAACGUGGUCACUACGCAUGGAGCGGCGAAGAACUUGCCCUCAUCAUGUACGUCAAGAGGAAAACCCGGAUUGUGUUUUUUCCCUCAAAACAUCGCACAACAAAUCCGGACGCCACUUUUCAUUACAAAUGCUGCCUACGAUUCAUGGCAGAUAAAUAACAUUUUGGUUCCUAAUGAUUCGGAUACAAAUGGUACUUGGAGCAAUUGCAAGACUAGUUUUAGCAAUUGCCCCCCUAGUCAGCUCCAAACGAUUCAAGGCUUCAGGUUGGAUUUUAUAAAUGCAUUGACUGGAAUUGGUGUCCCUACAUCAAGAGGAUACUACAUAAAUUCCUGCUAUACACACUGCCAAACUGAAGGGGAAACUUGGUUUGGGUCCCACUCGCCGGUCUUAAAUAACAAGACGAUUGCAGAAGCUGUUGGAGAUUGGUUUUUCGACCGAAGUCAAUUUCAAGAGAUUGACUGUCCUUAUCCCUGUGACAAAACUUGUCCCAACUCAACUAUUUGA